UUAUUUUUAUUCUAAAAAUAUAAUAUAAGUUCUUGUUAUUAUAUUUCACUAAAAGAAUAUUAGCAUGCCACAGAUGAAUUUAACGUUUAAGUAUAUAUUGAAAAGAUUGUUAAAUAAAUGAUUUGUAACCUCAAUUUUAUAACCCCGAAGGAAUUGAAAUUAUUUCAAGAAGCUUAUCACUAAUUAAUGGCACUGAACACGAAAGAAAUAUAGGACAAAAACACAGGCUUUCAAGUUAGUUGCAGUAAUGCGGAGAUCUAUUUACGUACGCUUAAACAAACCGUCAUCUCAAAUUACAUGUUUGAAUAUUUGCAUGCAAACAUCUUAUAAACAAAAACAUUAACGUAUCUGUAAUCUCUACCUUGCUUUACAAUUAAAAUAACAACAUGGCACCAUCAAUGUUUGAGAAGAAAUUGAGAAACACAAUUCUUAUGGUAAUAUAUGCUUUUUCAUUAUGGUGUGUUUUUUAUACUGUUCAAUUUCACACGAAAAUUAAUUUAUUUGAUGAUGCCAGAAACAAAACAACCGAUUUUUAUUUCCGAUUGGACAAUUUGGAAAGCGAGGUUAAUCGUAUUGGAUUUAUCAUAAGUGCAGAAAAGAAUUCCUCAGAUACGUUAAAACUAGAAGAAAACAAAGGAAAGCUGUCUGGCAACCAAAAAGAAGAUGCACAUACAAGUAACUUAAUGUCAACAAAUUUGAUUUCCCAAACACAAUGCAAACAUGAAUAUAUCGUUCUUAUAUUGAUCCCAACUCAGAUAAUUAUGUUCCAAAGGCGCGAAAAUAUCCGCCAUGCUUGGGCAAGUGAUUAUAGACAGCGUUGGAAGACCUUAUUUAUUCUUGAACCGACCGAAAAUCGACACGAAAUGGAGCUUUUAUCAAAUGAAAUCGCUAAAUAUGAUGACAUUAUAAUUAGCAAAAACUAUGAAAACCCUUGCAAGUUAACAAGUCAAAUUCGAACUGGACUGGAAUGGGCUUUCCGUUUUUGCAAGUUUAAAUACCUUCUUAAAAUUGAAGACUAUGUGUUUCUUAACGUUCCAAGACUUUUUGAAUUAAUAUCAAGUAAUGAAGUGCCUAAAAAAGAACUAUACGCCGGAAGUGUGAUGUUUAAAGAUCCGGUUGAUCCUACUAAACGACGAAUUCUCACUAAGCAAGGGUUGAAAUCAAAGCUAUUUCCUAGGUACUGUGGAGGUCCAGGUUAUCUUCUGACAAGAGAUACUGUUGAACACAUGAUCAAUCAAUUAUCACGUGUUAAAAAUAUACCUAAUGCAAACGCUUACGUUGGCUAUCUGGCGUUAAAAUCAGGAAUUGAUCCAAUACAUUUAGAUACGUUUGAAAAAAUUAAAGAAACCAAUACAUGUGAUUAUAAUGGGAGGGUAAUUCUGUAUCACCCAGUAAAGUCUAAUGAAUGCAUGGAUAAACUUUUUAGAGCUAGUGUCCAUGAUAGAAUCUCUUAAGGAUAAUGUUCUAAAGUUUUUAGAAGUAAUGGGAGAUUUUAGCUUGUUUUUGCGUGUUUUGUUUGCACUUGAAGGUAUUUUAAGCCAUCAGAUUGCGUGUUGUAUUGUCAAAUUUCUUAUUUCCAUUUUUUUUGUUGUCAAAUAACUUUUGCCAAAAGUUUUUAUAUUUAUCGCAUUACGAUAAAGUUUAUUGAAUCUAACACUUGAGAAGUUGUGUAUCAUAUUUAUAAAUAAAUUAACGACACGAAUGUGAUAAAUAGAAAAUAAUU